GUCAAAUAACAACUUUGAUGAUAGUUCAAGUUCAACCUUUGAUCCUUUCGACUUCACCGAAUUUGAUGAAUGGCAUGAACGCCUUACAUUACGAAAUCGAACACUUGACUCCAUGAUAGAGGAUGUUGCUUUCAGCAUUCCAACUCUAUCCCUACAACCUACAAACCACACAAAUAGAGCCCGACGACGAUUCAUUGAACGACAACGUGAGAAGGGCCAUGAAGGUGUGUUCGAGCAAUACUUUUCUGACGAUCCGAUCUACACUCCAGAAGUUUUUCGAACCAGAUUUCGCAUGCGAAAGCCAUUGUUCGAACGGAUAAUGAGCAAACUCGUUGCUACCGACCAAUUUUUUCAACAAAAUCGUGAUGCGGCUGGUCGUUUAGGUAUGUCUUCGAUUCAAAAAUGUACUGCAGCUAUGAGAGUCUUGGCAUACGGGACCGGAGCAGAUUUGCAUGACGAAUACCUCCGAAUGAGUGCACAAACCAUAAGACGAUCAGUUGAAAAAUUCGUUGAAGGUGUAAUUAACAACUUCGGAGAUGAAUACCUCAGAAAGCCAAAUGAAGAAGACCUAUCAUAUUUGCUGCAUGUCGGUGAACAACGAGGUUUUCCAGGUAUGUUGGGCAGUAUUGAUUGCAUGCAUUGGGAAUGGAAAAAUUGCCCUACUGCAUGGGCAGGGCAAUAUGCAGGAAGAAAUGGUAAGGCGACAAUCAUUUUGGAAGCAGUUGCAUCUCAAGAUUUAUGGAUCUGGCAUGCAUUUUUUGGAACUCCGGGUUCCAGAAAUGAUAUCAACGUGCUUGAACAAUCUCCUGUGUUCAAGGACAUCUUGGAAGGUCGAGCACCGGAAGUUAGUUAUGUUGUAAAUGGUCACGAGAAGAAUAUGUGA